CAAUUUUAUUCUUUAAAUAAAAAAAACCAAUUUAAUCAAUUCUUUUCUAAAUUCUACAAUCUUAUUAUAUGUUAAUUGUAUCGUUAUUUAGUUUUAUUUCUAUGUAUUCAUAUAAUAAUUUAUUUUUUUCUAAGAGACUUAAUGACUUAAUUUAAUACUAAAGUUUACAUAAUCAUAUAUGAAUUUUACUAUAUUAAAAACUUAAUUUUUCGAAAUAUUUGGACAUUCAAAUUGUUUUUAAUCAAAUUCCUUUUCUUGAAUUUUAUCUAUGAAUUAUUUAACUUAUUUUAUCAUAAUAUAUAUUUAAAUUUUUUAAACAAAAUUUAAUAAUCUCAUCCAUUUCUUGAUAUAAGUUAUUACUGUCCUAUAGAUAUUUAUUUCUUUGGAGAUGCUUCUAUUUAUUCAGAUGCUUUAAUGUAGUCUUUUUGUUUAUCCAUCUNAAUGAAAUCACCGAAUCAACCUAAGAAAUCUAAACCCUCAGUGCUAAGGUUGAAUAAUUAACAUAAGAUGUUGAAAACAAAUAAGUUUAAUUAGACAUCUUAAAUGAAUAAGAAACUUAAAUUAGAGAAUAAAGAGCUGAAGAUGCUGAAAGUUUCAAGAGAUUUGAAAAUGAAACAGAAAACGUCAUUGAAGCUGUUGAAGUCAUCAUCUAAAAGUUGAGCUCAAUCUAACCAGAUUAAG